CCCCAAUCACAAUGCACAUGUGUAGCUAAAGUCUAGUGAUAGAUGUACUACUUCACAUUUAAAUUUUGAAUGUUUGACCAUGUCCUCAUCUCAUCACACCAGCUUGUAGAUCAUCAUCGCUAAUCCAUCUAUAAAUACUCUCGUCAUCAUCUCAUCUCUUCUCAAGCUCAUCAAGUCAACUAAACAACUUUAGCAAAGCAAGCUACUCUUCUUCUUCGUUGGGAUCUUGCAUCGAUUAAGCGAUCAUCAUGUGCGAGAGCGAGAAGAAGAAGGAGUCGUGCAAGGGCGCGCUCUACUGCGUCAACCUCGCCCUCCGCAUCGUGGUGAUGGGGCUCGCCGUCGCCGCGGCGGCGCUCAUGGCGACGGCGAGCCAGUGCACCAUCUUCCUCUACUACGGCGGGCCGCUGCACACCAUCACCUACAAAGACUUCGGCCCCUUCGUGUAUCUGGUGGUGGCGAGCUCGAUAGGCGCGUUCAUGGAGGCGAUCGCCAUCUUCCUGACGGUAUGCAAGAAGAAGGACGACGAGCCGGCGAAGGUGCUGCUGCCGCUGCUGGACGCAGCCGUGCCGGUGCUGCUCUACUCGGCGACGGCGGCGGCCUUCGCCGCCGGCGACAUGUCGUACUGCGCGGUGGGCAAGCGCGUGGGCGUCUGCACCACCGCCGCCGCCGGCAACUUCUGCAACCAGGUCCACAUUGCCAUGUACGUCUCGCUCGCCGCCGGCGUCUCCGUGCUGUUCGCCGAGAUCGUCAAGAACUGGCCGACCGGCGAGAAGAAGAAGGAAUGCGGGGGCGGAUGCGGGUCGGACUCCGACUCCGACAAGUCCCCCUGCCACCAUGGCUGCCAUAGCAAGCAUUAGUCCAGCACUCUAGCUAGGUAUAUAUUUAUUUCUGAUCAAGAAAUUAAUACUACUACGAGAACUUUAGUUGAAUUAAUCGUGCUUGAUUAAUUUGCCAUUUUGUCCAAAAAAAAACACACAAAAAAAAUGCCAUGCAUGCAUGAGUUCUCAAACUCUCUCAGAGUCAAAGGCCAGCAAUAUGUUGUACUUCUUGUAAUUAUUACUUUGUGGCUGUUUUCUUGUUUAAUCUUUUGCAUAAUUACCAUGGAUCAUGGAUGCAAAAUUAAUCAAUUGCAAUGAAAUUUUCCAUUAGACCAGUGUC